ACGCCAUUCUCCGUGAAACGCCAAUUAAGGGUAUAUAUUGUUCGUUACCUUACAGUGCGUCUUAGUAACCAUACCUGUGCUUCAAUACAUAGGACCGUAAGACACCUCAACAUGUCUGAUAAGGAAAUUAAUUAUGCUAGUUAUCUAAAGUUAGGUGAGGGCUAUGUGGGGCCUAAGGUGACUGGAUUAUUAGAUUGUGUUGGACAACUAUCAUCAGAACCAGAAGAACACCUGUUUAUUACCGUGCACCAUGGAUUCGAAAUUUGGUUCAAACAGAUUCUAUUUGAUUUUGGUCGGAUCAAGAAAAAUUUUGAACUGUCUAUAAAUAAUCCAGGUAGUGUUAUGGAAAAGAAAGCUUUAGGUGAAAUGCCAACACUUAUAAUGAGAUGUCGCGAUCUGUUAAGGAUGCUGUUGGGCAACUUUCAAAUUAUGGAGUCAAUGGGUCAACUGGCUUUUAUGAACUUCCGUGGUAAGUUGACCGGCGGUUCUGGAUUCCAGAGUCUCCAAUUCCGAUUGAUUGAAAAUAUUUUUGGUUUGAAGGAGGAAAACCGAAAGGGCCAAACACAGUUUAAUUAUAAAGAAAAGAUGAAACCUGAACAGAUUGAAAGAGUCAACGAAGCCUUCCGGGAACAAAAUAUAUUUGAACUGACCCAGACGUGGCUUGCCAGUAUACUUGAAAAGUUUGGAAAACAGAAAUUUAUCAACAGUUAUCAAAAAAGUGUCAGUGAUAUGCAGAAAGCUGGCAGUAAUACGGAACACCUUCGAUGUGUUUAUGACGAGAAUCUGUUUAAUGAAUUACGUAAGAGAGACGGCAAAAAUCCUCAUACUUUCAGGAAUUAUUUUACAUAUGAUGGUUUUCUUGGUGCUUUACUGGUUCACCAACUCCAGGCCGAACCAGAAUAUCAAAUACCAUAUCAGAUUAUAACUCUUAUACUAGAUGUUGAUGAGGCCAUUAUGACGUGGCGAGGACGCCAUGUUAAUAUGGUUCACAGAAUGAUUGGAAGUAAACCUGGUACUGGUGGAACGUCUGGAUAUGAUUAUCUCUCGUCUACAGUUAGUGACCAAUACAAGGUAUUCUGGGAUCUGUUUACCAUGUCAACCUACGUCAUACCUUCGGUCGACUUCAAAAUCACAAAAUAGACUCGUUAUCAACUUUAAAAACAUAUCUUUUAUGUUAACUUAUAUUUUAAUUAUAUUUAACACUUAUAAUCUUCAAUAUAUAAUUAUUAGACGGGUGUGUAUGAAACGUGUUAAAAAAGAGCAAGGAUGCAACAAGUGGGUCGAUUUGUUUACAUUUCAACUCAAUGGAAGGUUCAUCUGCACAUUAAUAUGUUUGCCUACUUUAGUGGAUAUUUAUUUUGUUUAAAGUCAAAGAUGCAUUAUGUAAGAUUUAGAUGAAGAAUUGGCCGUUCUUGCUGUACUAGUUCAAAAAUAGAUUAUGAAAAAUGAUUAUAUUGAAAAUUCAUUCAAAUUACAUUAUUCUGAGCGGAGUUAUGAAUGUUUUAACAUUUGAGAGAUAUAGCGUAGAUUGUUCAUUAUCGUAGCAACGGUACUUAACAAUCGAGUCUAAGUCUCAAACUCUCGAUUAUUCAUUUUAUCGAUAAAUUUUUAAACCUUGCAUGUGUACUAAACCAACUGAAUCUAGGUCAUCCGAUGAUCUAGAGAGUUGAUUAUGUGAAUAGAUGUCUAAAUAAUAGUUUCUAUAACAUUUUAAGCUAAUGCAAUGGACAGAUUUAGCUCUAACAUAAUGCAUCUUUAAUAUUAUAACUAGAUAUUUAUUUGUUUAUAAAUCCAGUUUAUUGUUUUAUAAUGUUGGUUGUGUAAUUAAACUUGAAACUUGUUUUAUUUUAAAGUCUAUCAAACUUCUAAUUAGGGGUUAGGGUGAGGGUAAGGGUUAGUACUCCCCCAAAUACUCAUUUAUAUAAACGGCCAUUGUGGACGUCGGAAAUCGUUGAACCUCCCGGCCCAACCGGCCUAAAAUUAGCAUCUCCUAAACACCACUGCCUGGACAAAAUUUCCCUCCAUGACACUGCAUACAUGACUGUAUAUUAGUCCCAAAAUAAUCGAUAUGUACUUUGUUGACGGGACGUUGAACUCCAUUGCCUUUCCUUUCCUAUGACCUGCUUGAUUAUCUCGGUCGGUGAAGAACACUAGAACGUUAAACUUGCGACAUUUCCUGUCCUAGGCAAGUAUCUUAUAAUGAGAAAUUGAGAAUGUAAAUGUUUGUAUCUAAGAGCUGAUAUUAGUUAGUCCUGAUGCACCAUUAUAUAAGCCCUAUAUAAAUCACUUGCAAACUACAAUAUUGUGAAAGAUAAAACUCUAAUAGGAAUAUCAAUCCAAACAUGGUUUUUAUACUAUACAUGUAGUAUCUAUUUAGUUCUAUGUAUUUAAGUAUUCUAAUAUUAUACUUACAUGUAUGUAUUUUCUUUGGUUGUAUAGUAUUAAGUAUUCUAAUAUUAUACGUAUUUAUUUAUUUGGCUAUUUUGAUUCUUUUUUAUUUUGUAUUUUCUAUUUAUUUCACUUUUUUAUUUGUUAUAAUUAUUAUAUUAAAUUUUCGCGGGAUAAAUUAGAUAAUUAGAUGCAAAUGACAAACGGCGGCUUUAAUAUAUGAUUUUUGUCUAACCUUUUUGCUAUAGAUAUUUUUUUUGCCUGUAAUAUAAAGAAAUAAAAAUAAAGCUGCACGUUUUGUUUUCAAAAAUAGAUGUACAAUCCAGAAAAUUUCCAGAUAGAAUUAUUUAUGGAAUCUUUAGAAUAAAAGUUGAAAUGAA